UAAUAUAUCUAACUAAAGAAUAUUCAAUUAAUCAAAUAAAAUGGAUUAAUUAACUCAAAAUAGUAUUCCUAUUCAAUAAAGUUGUAUUUUUCAUCCUCAAAAUAAACUUGCUUUUAUCUAAGUUAAUGAAAUUUCAUCCCUUCCUAACUCUAACAUAUUCUAAUGUGUUGAUUGUUUCGAAUAAGAUUUGCAAUUUAGAGGUGCCAAUUACAUGCUCAUCUAAAAAAUUAUUGAAAAUUCAGAUUCUGAUUUUCAUUAUAAAUGGCCACCUCUCAAUGAUUAGCAGAUCAUUCAGAAUAUUCAUUUGAAGGCUAAGAAUCUCAAUUCAACAUAAAGCGUCCUAAAUUAAAUCAAUUCUUACUUCACUUAGCUAAAAGAUGAAAUCAUUUAAAAAAUUGAUGUCGCUUAGAAAAAAGCAAUCAAUCAAGCUCUCGAAAUGCCUUUUGGCAAAGAGUAAAUUUUGAAAAGAUAUCAAGAAAUAUCUUAAAUUCAAAACUUAAAAUAACUGCUCAUGUAAGAUUAGAAUAAGUCUUUUGCACUCUAUCAAAAAUCGUGUAAAGAAUUCAUUUAGUAAGUAGAAUUAAAUAAAGGUAAAAAUACACAGCUGCUCUAAGAUUUGCUCAAUUAAUGCGAUAAUAUUCAACAAUUAAUCGAUUUUGACAAAUUAAACAAAAGCAAAGUAUUUUUAUUAGAUUUUUUAGAUUAGUUUAACUUUUUUGAAGAUUAAAUAUAAAGUCAAGUCAGGGCUGAUAAUAACUUAAAUAAUAAUAUUUUACCAUAACAAGAUAAUAGUAAAAUAGAUUAAUUAAUGAAAUUAAUUUCUAACAAAACAAAUUAUUGCAGUGAAGUGUUUUUGAAUCAAAUUAGACAAUAAAUGUAAAAACUAAGUCUCUUUUUUGAAUAAAUUUCAUUUGACAAAAUGAAUUAAGAAGGUAAAAAAUCUAUCCGAUUUUCAGAAUUAAAUGAUGAAAAAAUAAACAGUGUAAAUGAAUAUGUUGAGCAUUUGAUCUAAAUAUAAGAUGAUCCUUAACACCUCUAAUCAGUUAAGAAUUCAUUUUAAAUAUCAAAUCUACUUAAUGUUUUUGAUAAUAAAUUCAAUUUUAUCUCAAAUAAUUAUCGAGAUAACAUGAUGAGAUACUUAAUAGAAACAUAUCCAUUUUCAAAAAAUAUAAACACAGACCAAAUGUUCUCUGAAGAAUAAAGCUUUAACAUUUUGAGGAGUCUAGAAUCAAAUUAUAUAAAAGAGUUUGUUAAAAUAGUAAAAAAGAAAUAGAUUCUAAAUGAAAACCAAUAAAACUUUGAUAACAGUUAGACAUAUAUAGUUCAAUAAAAAAUACUAGAAUCAUUUAGAUUUAAAAAACCUGAAUUUGAAAAUACCUUAAAACAAUUUCCAAUCUUUGAUUUAUUAUUGUUAAAAGGGAAGAAUAUCUUGAAUGAAUUAUAAUUUUAGAAAAGCAGUUUUUAUGAUGGAAACUAGAGAAUAGAAAUAGUCAAAAAUAUGAAUAACUAAUUUGAAAUUUCUACAAAUGAAGCUAGGUACUAAGGGCGUUACAAAAAUUGUUAUAGUAAUUGCAUUUCUUAGAUAUUGGAAAGAGAUAAAAAAUACAUAUUUAGGAUUUAAUUUCAAAAGGGAGAUUAGGGUUAUUUUAAGAUAGGAUUAAUGAAAAAUGAGAAUUUCAAUAAAAAUUUAGGACAUUAUGAUCAAAUGAGCUACUAUUUUAGAUUUGAAAAUAAUAAGAUGAAAUACUCAGGAGGUGAUGGAAUAGAUAAAUUUGUAAAAGGAGAUAAGACAUAAUUGCUAGAUGAAAAUAGUACUUUAGAGUUGAGAGUUUGGCUAGAAAGAUAGUAAGUUGAGGUAUUAAAUUACCCAGAUUAUUCCUAUUAAGUAGAAAUCUAAGAUUAAUAUAAAUAAAAUCUAUCUUAAAAAGAUCUAUGCUUAUAUUUCAAUUUAUAUAAUCACUAACAAAAAUAUAUCUUAAAAGAAGCAUUAAUAGUUGAUUAAUUUUGAAAAAUAAAGUAAGGAGGAAAUAAAAAAUCAAAUAAAUGAAUGAUAAUAGUUGAAUGAAUUUGUUUAUAAAUUUAAAUAUUGAGAUUUGAAUAAUAAAAAUGAGUAAUUCAGAAAAAAAUAAUAGUCAUAAUAUGUAUUUUAUAUUUUAUUGGUUGAGUAAAGUUAGUGUAAAGAAAACUAACUAUUAGGUCUGUCUU